CCAUCGCAUCGCCUUCGCCAUCCUUCGCCCCAGCCAUGGCUUUGGAUGUGCUGUCCGCUGGCCUAGGAGCUGCCAUCACAGACAGUAUCUUCAAUCCCUUGGCAAUGAUUACCGUCAGAUUGCAGGUCGACAAGGAACGGAGCAUGUACCGCAGCUUCGGGCAAUGUCUCGCGCGCAUCAUCUCCGAAGAAGGCCUGCUUCGUCUCUGGACGCCGGGGCUCGUGGCCACCUGGCUGCGGGCGCUGACGCAGACAGGGCUGCGGGUGGGGCUAUACCCCAGGAUCAAAGGCCUCUACGGCAGGGAUGGCCUGCUGACCAAGAUCGCUUCGGGCGCCACGACCGGCGCCCUGGGAGCCUUUUUGGCAAACCCCGUGGAUUUGGUGCGGGUGCGCCUGCAGAGUGAAGCAGGUCGCUUGGGUUCAGAUGGGAUCUAUGCGACUGGCUUGAGGACAGGCCAAAAGCCGCGACAUGCACAUACCUUCAGGGCAUUUCUGGAUAUCUUCCAGCAGGCAGGCAUGAGAGGCCUCUGGUGCGGCGCGCCUGCCAACGUGGCGCGAGCCGCGCUGCUGUCGGCGGGACAGCUGGCCACCUAUGAUCAAACUAAGCAGGUGGCUUUGGUGCAUGGCUGGUCCGAGGGUCCACGGCUGCACCUGGCGUCCUCCUGCUUCUCCGGCUUCGUGGCUCAGGUCGCUUGUAUGCCCGCGGAUGUCGUGAAAACGCGUUUGCAGAACGGACACCACCGCUACGAGGGCGUCGUGCAGUGUCUGGGCAGCAUGCUGCGAAACGAAAGCCCGAGCGCGUUCUACCGCGGCUUCACCCCUGCGGCUUCACGCCAAGUGCCUGUGAUGGCGGUGCAGAUGCCCAUCGUGGAAUACAUCCGAAAACAUGUUUUCGGCCUGGAAUACUUGUAGAAAAGCAUGC